GAUUGUAAUUUAUUUCUAUUUGUUAGAAAAUUUGUCUAAGAUGCCUGAGCAGGGUAGCGGGGAACGGAUUGGAGCCACGGGGGAUCGGUUUCAGUUUUGUCAAUUUAUACCUAUCUCUUCAAUCACAACUACUGUUAGAUGUGUUAUAAACAUUAUUAAACAAAGGUUAUUUAAUUAAAAUUUGCUGAAAAUUAUAAAAAAUAAUAAUUAAAGGUAAAAUAAAAUGGAUAGAUAUCGACAUCACAAUGUAGGUAUUCGUUUAUUUACUACAGAAUCCACAGAAAAGCGGCUGUUUGGAAACAAAAUUAUCCCAAGUAACUUAGCAGGUACCGAACGGUUGGAUGCGGGUAGUACCAUAAAGUAAUUUAGAGAUUGUACUUGCGGUUGCAGGCAUUAGCUUUUAAGGGCUGGUUGUAAAUUACAAAUUUUAAACGGAAUUUUAGAUUGAAAAUAAUUCUACCACGAUAACGUUGUUAUUUAUUAAGAUAUUUUCGUCGAAUUUAAAACUAUCGUCAUAAAUGUAUAUUUUCUACGUUUUAACCGAGGGAAAUCCGCAAAUUCUUUUUAGUUUUUGAAUUAGACGGUUUGACGAAUUUCUCGUUUUUAUGGAAAAUUUGUUUUGUUUUUUAAUGACUUUAGAAACAAAAUUUUGAAAUUUUGCUCGGUUAAAGUGUACAAAAUUGAAUGCUCUUUCAAAUAAUCUCGGUUUUACUAAAAUCCGUUGAUUAACUUCUUCUCUACAAUGGCAGAACUAUACAUUGAAUGUUCCAUAAGAGAGUUAGGUAGCGAGGCCUCUUAAAACAUGGAGGCGCUUUUGUGGCAUCCUAUGACAUAUGUUACAAGGUGGGAUUGAAAGUCAUUGGGGUUUUAUAAAAAAAAAGGUUUAUUCAAAAUGACUAGAAGACACUUACUGUUUUGGGGCCGUCAUAAUCCUUUAUGGGCACAUGUCACACUUGGGUACAACAAUCAAACCCAUGGUUUAUCUGGACUCGAAGCACAAAAUGAAGUCACUUUCUUUAUCAUUUUAGCAGCAGUCUGGCAGUCUGCCGUUCAUAAUUUCUUUUGGUAAUCUUUUUCCAUUCUUUCUCAAUGUUCCCACUCUAUGUGUAUUUCGGUUAAGUAGUUCUCUUGUUAAAUCAAGACUUGUAUAAAAAUGAUCUGUUACUAGAAUUCUACCAUGAUCUAAAUAACCCUCGCAGAACUGGAGUACCUCAUUGGUAGGAAGGGCUUUACUAUUUGGAUCACUUUUCCCUUGAUAAAUUGAAAGUGAAUGUGUAUAUUCUUUUUGAUCACACAUCUUGAAAAUUUUUACUCUGUAUUUGUCUUUUUCCAAGAAUAUACUGUCCAAAUCCUAAUUGUCUUUUGAAUGGAAUCAUACUUGCAUCAACAUCUACGACUUUACAGGCCGCAAAAUUUUUUUGUAUUUAGAAUUCAAAUGCAAGACAAGUACUCGAAUUUUAUAUAACCGAUUAUCUUAAGCCUCAAGAUCUUCGUUCUCAGCAAAUAGCGAAUAUUUAAGUAAUGCCUGGAAUAUGUUUUUUGAUAUAAUAACAAUAACAUUCAUUCUAAAAAAAUUCCCAAAACAUUAGGACCAUACAUUAUUCGUAGUUAUUUUAUAAAUUUUAUUCAAUUUGACCACAUGGGCUGUAUUUUUCGUGUCGAGGCUUAGCUUUAGCUUCUUUGUAGACUUUUUACUGAUUGAUUUUUCGAGUUCUUCUUUAUAUAGUCACGAUGAUAAUACCGCAGUUUUAAUUAAUUUAAAACAUCGGUAUCGCAAAAGUGCACUGAAAAAAACAUUGCAAGGCUCAACCAACAGAUAAAAGUCGGCAAAACAAUUUACAUUGUUGGUACACGGGAUAGGGUAGGUAAAUUAUAAUAUGAUUAAAAAAUCUGUAGAUUGCACAAAAUAAAUGUAUUAUAUUGAAAAAUGUUUUCUUUUACAUCUAAGUGAAUAGUAAUACUGAAUAUAUUGUAAAUGAUAAUAUAAACCCACUUUAAUCCUACACUAACAAUUGGCAGCAAUAGCGUCCUCGAUACAGCACCAAGCAUAGUGUUCCCCAUGAUCUCCCAAUCCCACUGGGUUGUUGGUUGAGCCUGGUACAAUUUAAAGUGUUGACGCAAUCAACUUCUCCUUGAUCUUAUAUAUAGUUCUUUGCCAGUUGGAAGGUGGUACAAUCUGUUGUUAUCGGUGAUAUUCCAAGGAGUAUUAUUCUACAAGUUUGAGGAAAAAAUUAAAAAAAGCUUAACUUAUUGAUUUAAAAAAGUUACUAUUCUAACCACUAUCAAUUAGUGUUUCCAUGCAAUAUAAAUCGCAUAGAAUGUUAGCCUCAUUGUUAUUGUAUAAUGGGCCGUUGUUGUUGCCUAAUAUUUCUGUUAGGAAAAAGAACUUGGGUGUUUCUCAUUUAUUACCACCCUGUUUGUAUAACGAAUUUUGACAGAAACAAAAACAUUUCUUGCAUUCAUUACACCACCUAGUGUGUAUGAUUUAGAAUACCAUUCUAUAUCAAUAAAUGUUAUUGGUACAAUUGGUCGUGAUGGUGUUUUUAUAACAGAAGAGAAGCGUUCUUGUUGUGUAAACACAUUGUCCCAGAUGUUAGUAUUAAUAAAAGUCUUUUGUGUCUAUAAAAAAAGCAAAAAUAUAUAUACAUAAAAAAUGUCUAAAAGUUAGAUAGAAUUAAACUUACAUCAUUUUCAAAAUAUGAAAUAAAGUAGAUUAAUUAAAAGCAAAAAAAAAAGAAAAAAACUAAUCGUAAUAUCCCCAAGGUUUUGUAUGUGUCGUUGCUUGACAGAUGAUCCUCUUGUUAUCAUACGGACUCAAUGCCAGUUGUUGAACACUAAAGACACUAUGAUUUUUUGAAAUAAUUAAAUUUUGAUAGACCUCAUGUUCAACGUGAUGAAACAAUCAAAAUUAUUCUCAAAUUUAAUAAAUUUCAAUACAGAGGUCUUAACUCUUUUUGCUUUUUUAACCGUUUUCUUGUCUUCAAUAUUGUUUAAUUCUUGAACACGAAAUCUAAAAAGAAAGCUAAUUUUUCUAAACUUGUUGGCAUAAACCUAAAUGAAUCUAAAAAUCUAAAACUUAAUCUUGGUGUUUUCAACAAAUUUAGUAAAUGAAAUGUAACUUUCUUUAUUAAGCGGUGGUAAAUUUAUGUUUCCUGGAAUUUCGGUACUUAGUUCUUUAACACAAAAGUGACUAUCGUAUCCGGAAACAUUAUGAAAUAUUACUGGUACCGUAAAAUGUAUCUUGAAAGUGUAGAUUACAUUUAUUAUGAGCUGGACCUAAAUAAUUACCAGUCAAAUGACAGUGAUCUUUUAGUUGUUUUUUUUAUCAAUUUCAAACAAAUUACCACAUAUACGACAAGAUUUUGAUGAGAGAAAAUUUUGUUCCCCUUGUAAAGCUAAACGUUUCAUUGGAACCGGCUGCAUGAAGUUGAUGAAUAAACCAAAUUUGACAAUCCUGACCGGUGUAAAUUUUGAAUUUUGAUAAAGAGUCGUCAUAGGAACAUUUUAAAUAAUAGGCACCACUAAAUGGUUCAUGUAAUUGAUAUAUUUGUGUACUGCUGUUAAUGGGAUAAUGUUGCUUAGAUUGUUGUUUUAAAAUACUCUCCAUAUCAGCAUAAAUGUCAAAUGGAAUCAUUUUUUUGUGUUUAAAAUGUCUAAAGUGUACAAAAUUUGCAUGUUCUUCAGGUAAAAUAAUUUUUGUUUUAUUUAACAAUUUGCAAUCUUCUAAAUAUUUAGUUAAGUUUUCUUUGGUAUGAAAAUGAUUUAGACAUCUCUCGCACAGCUACUUUUUGUUUUUAACAUUACCAAUUUGUUUACCAACUAAUCUGGAUAAAUCUUUGAUAUAAGCAAAAUGAUAAACCAUUCGUUUUGAAUAACAUUUCCUUUUUUUACUGGAGGAGGAGGAAGAGGAGCAGCUGCUGCUGCUACUGUUAUAAUGCUUGGUAGCAUUAGUAAAUUUAUACUCGGUGAAAAAACGCUUUUCGUUAUUAAAACUAAAGGUAAAAGACAUUUAUUGCUAAACAAUUCAUUCUUUCAAAUUUGGGAAUGUUUUUCAAAGCAAUCGGAAAAUUAGGAUCUUCGUAUUUCAAAACAGUACUGAAAUGAGGAUAAGAAUUGGUGCGACAAACAUUUGUAUUCUUUUUUGCUGGGUAUAAAUGCACAAACUAUUGACCACAGAAAACAAUAUGGAUCAGAUUUUGUAAUAUUUAGUACGAGUACACUUUUUGUGUUUUGAAUAAAUACUAGUAAAUCAGCGUAAUUUGAUUAACAUUAACUUUUAAAUGUAGAAUUUCAUAUAGAGUCCAGUCACUAUCCCUUUCUUGAAACUCCUCUAACUCAGUUUCUUAAUGAAAAUGCUUUUUUUAAAAAUUCUUCAGGUUCUUUAAUGUUCACAUUUGAUAUUAUAGCAGUUCUAACGCGUUUCUUGAAGCAUGAGUCAACAUCUUGCCAAGCAACAGUUUGAUUUGUUUUUUUUUUUUUAUUUGAAAUUUUAGCUCUUGAGACUUGUCUUUUUAAAUUAUGCAGAUAUGUUUUCCAAAUACUCGAAAUUUGAUUCUGUUGACUACCAGGGCACUUAAUUUUAGAACAAUUAAGCGGACAUGGUGAUCUGUCGAUCGAUGUCGAGAUUCACGAACUAGUAAAUUGUUUUGUCGACUUACCCAAUUCCCAAUUAUGUGUAUCUCGACGUAGGGGUAGACCGUUCUCACAGGGGAUAGCGGUACCGCUUUUUUUUGCACUAAUGUGACAUGAGAGAUGCUUGCGAUGUUGGACUAAGACACUCGAAAUCUUGAAAUCAACUUGCUUUUUUGGCUAACUAGGACUCUCUAGUCCAUCUACCCCGUGACCCUUAUGGGGAUGGAGGGGGUGUUACCAAACGGUAAGGACCAAUUCGUGAAUCGGGUUAACCGCAAUUCUCGUAAAAUUUAUGUUAUGUACAAAACAGAUUCAUUUUUUGAAUGUUUUUUUACACAAUUCGUUAACAUUCGAAUAACUUUUUUAUAAUAAGUUAUAAACUUAUGAUGAUCUUUCUGCCUUUUAAUUAAUCUACUUAAAUUUACUUAAUCGCUGCUGCUACUGCUGGUGUUAGAAUUUGUAUUCAUUUUAUAACUAAACAAGUAAAAGACAAAAGAUCAAAAAACCAUUCUUAUUUUGAUUAGGUAGUUAAGAAUAAUAAAUACUUACUAACAAAAGAAACACAAAUAAAUGUGUAGUAAAGAUAGUGGAGAUGACUACGACUACAACGACUUGGACGAAGAGUACUUGACUACAUUGUUGUUGUGUUGUUGUACUACGAGCACACCACACUAACAACUGUAGCAACAAAAACAACGAAACCCAAUUAAAUUUUAACAACUUCAUAUUCUUUUUAAUUAUUAAUUCUAUUUUUAUCAAGACCUUAGUGUCUUCCAAUAAUACGCACUCUAAGAUUUGCAACAGACUAAUGAACAACAAGACUAAAAUGUGUUGCUUUUAUAGAGAUAGAUUAAAUUAUCUGAUUGUUCAAACAGACAGCAGAUCACAUUUAUUGUCAUCCUUGGAGUCAGUGAUGUCGAUGUCAAUUACACCAGAAGUUUUACACAUAACACAUGGACAGAGACGCUCUAAGUUUUUUUUUUUUUUUCACCUUCCACAACUGCAUUACUAUUACAAUUAAAUAAUUGAGUAAUUUUUGAAACAUACGUACCCAUGAUUAUUAAAUAGACUAAUGUUUUUUAUUAACAAACAAUUGUUAACAACCAAAAAAGUCGGUAAUGCUCGAGUAUGCUCGCUCGCUCUAUGAGGAUCAUCAUCAUCAGAGAGAGAGAGAGCGAGAAAGAGAGGGGCAAAACGAGGCAAGGCUAGGCUAGGCGAAGCUGAUGCGCUCUCGCUCUCUUUCUUUCGUUCGCUCGCUUAGCUCUUUCUUUCUUUUUGUUCAUUUUCCUUUCUUUGAAUAAUUUUAUAUCAUUUGUCAGAAAAUUAAAAUAGCUUUUCAGUUAUUAUCAUUAUUCAUUCACCUUGUGUAACCUUUACACAUUGAUAAAGAUAACACCUGACCUUUGCAAGAUUAAAAGUCGCAUAUCAACAUCAUUUUGUGUACAUUGGAAACAAAGCUACAUUGGUGUAGUGAAUUAGAUGUUUGCCUCGUCAUACAAAGAAUCCCGCUAAAGGCAUACACACUUUUUUCAUGCGUUUCUAUACUAAAACACAUACCUGCUGGUGAGGAGGUACAACGACCAGAAAAUUUGGAAAUGGAAUUGCCUUCACCAGAGUCUCCUAUACAAUUACAAUGGAAUAAGGAAUGGAUGAAAAUGGAUUAUAAGCACGAGUUGAAGAUUCAAUAUUGCAAUAAUUAUUCCUGAUAUUUUCUGUUACUAUAACAGAGAGUCUCACUUCUACAAGUCCUGCUUCCACUUUGAGGAAACUAAGAUUCCAUCAAGAAGUAGGAGAGUUGUUGAAGAAGGAAACAAUAUUAACAACCAUAACGAAAGAAGUAAGAGGAAUGUGCAAGUGUGAAAUGGUUUUAGUACUGAAAACAUUGAAAAGGAUGUUGGGAAAUGGAAUACAGACUUUGUUCAUAACACUAAAGUUAUUUUUUUUUAAAUUGUAAUUAUUAGUGACCAAGAAUGAAUAAAUUGUUAGUUGGAGUAUAGUAUAGUAUUUAUUUCAAAAAGAAAAAAAUCUUUUAUACCAACAGUCGAUUGCAAAACUAAUAUCCAGUACCAUAGCUAUCACUUCGCUGACAACUGCGUUUUUUGAGGGGAAACAGGUCAAAAACUCUUGAUUUUUGUGUCAAAGAAGAAUCUGUGUUGCAACUGAAUCCUCAUGUCGGCCGAAAACAAAUACUGAAAUAAUAUUUUUCGUUCGUUGUUUGAAAAAAAAUUAAUUUUAUCUCAUCUAAUCUGACAUCGUUUUGUUCAUUGUAAUAAUACCUGGCAUUACAUUAUAUCAAUUGCAAACCUAUAAUUUAAUUACAUUUUUGUAAAAAUAUUAGUAUCACAAUGAAUCUCCAACUAUUCCGACCUAUUCUUUUCGUACUUUUUUUGACUCAAACCACCAUAAACGGCAAUUUUCUAACAAGCAACGUCAAAGCGGAUCUGGAAGGCGGUUAUUUAUGUCCUGAUAACAACCAACUCGAAGUCCCCAUGAGACUUUUCCGAAUCGAUCGGUUCAAUCGCACCCAUCGUGCCAUAAGCAUCGAUUUUACUUUUGCUCAUCCCUUGGACGAAACUGCAGAAGGUGCAAUUUUUGUGGAAAAAUACACUGAAGGAGACUGGAAAAUGCUUCCUUCUUUAUCCUGGCAGAAAGAUCCUUGUAACAAUAUCGGCAUGAGAUAUGGACGGGAAAACAUGAUCAGGACAGGAAAAGCUUUAGGUUGGAAAAAUCCAGAUAAAUGCCCCAUUCCAGCCGGAAAUUAUUCGAUGAUAAGGCAUCCAUUUAUCACUUACCAUGAUACACCUUUUUGGCCCGGAAGGUUUAGAGUUCAGAUGGUUUUGAGGAGGAUCGCAACCAAAAGGAAAAUAUUCUGUACUAUGACUAUAAUGAAUUUUGCCGAAACUGUCAACUAAU